ACGUAAUAGUACGCCCCUCCCCCCUCACACGUCCGCUGCUGUGGGGAACAUCAGGGAGUAUUUAAAGCGGGAAAGGAGCGCUGGCAUUAACCUUGCAUGUUCAACAAUAUGAAGUCGCUGCUGCUGCUGUUGCUGGCCACCUUCGCCACCCAGGUCAAGGAGGGCCGGUCGUGCGUGUACUGGGCUCGUGUCUGGACCGAGCCAAACUACCAGGGAGUGUACUACGAGUUCAACGAGGAUGUUCCAUACCUGAGCAGCUACAACUUUGACAACACCAUUUCCAGCAUCCAAGUGAAUGGAGUGUGGAUCUUAUACAAUGAGCCGGAAUACAACACCUACCAAACGUCAAUAGUCCACUGGGCCUGGGGUCUUGACAAAAAGGAGAAUCUCCACGGCACAGAUAACCAAAUAUCGUCUUUGAGAUACGCCGGCAGCCAAUCGAAGUCGAACGAGGCCGGGUAUAACCUCUACGCAGGAGAAAUGUUCACGAAGAAGGAUCUGUACGGGACCAGCGACAUUCCGGACCUGUCGCAAUUCCAUCAAGAAGUGAAGUCUGUCAUUAUUAUUGGACAAAGCUCUUGGACAUUUUGCGAACAAGCUAACUACAGUGGGAGGUGUGUUUGUAUGGCCGCUAAACAGCACGACUCGAAUUCCUUGACCAGACUGGACGUAGGAUUUUAUCAACGUAUGUCGGAUUAUUAUAUGUACAACGUGACAUCGGUAAGGAAGGGGUGUUAACGUGACAUCGGUGAGGAAAAGGUGUUAUUAAACCUGGAUAAGCCACCGCAUUCCGUCUACCGGAACAAGACAACAGCGUGCACAAGACACUCCCCUUCCUUCCUCACUAACAAAGAAGAAAAACCCAUCGUGUUAGAGGUAUUUAGUAUCUAAGUAAUUCUUACAAGGGUGUUAUUAAACCUGGGCACGCCACCGCAUUCCGUCUACCGGAACAAGACAGUAGCGUGCACAAGACACUCCCAUCCCUUCCUCACUAACAAAGAAGAAAGAAACCCAUCGUGUUAGAGGUAUUUACUAUCUAAGUAAUUCUUACAGUCAUCAAGAAGAAACAGAUUUUCUAGUUUGCAAAGACUGAAUUCGCACAAUACCUAAUGGGGGUUUUUAACCAGUAAAUACUGUGGAAAUGCACAUGCAAGAGGACUUUACGAGUUAC